AUGGUGACAACAGCCCAAGACAUUAUCGACCGCCAUGCGGCAACUCUCAAAGAGCACAAGCCGAUCCCUACCUUUGCCGAAAUGCAAGAACGAAAGCUUGAGAUGCCACACAUCUUGAUCAUCAGUUGCGCUGAUCCACGCUGUAUUCCGGAGAACAUCUUCAACUUGAAGACUGGAGAAGUCGUUGUCUGCCGAGUUGCUGGUGGAAAUGCCCAGCUCGCCGUCAACUCCCUCCUCUCCAUUGACACUCUCCUGAAUUUCACCGAUGUCAUCAUUGUCCAGCACACCAACUGCGGGGCAACCAUGUACAGAGACAACGUGGUCAAAGGGGAAUUGAGGAAACGGGCCCCGAAUCUUGAGGCAGAGAUUAACAAUAUGGAGUUUUACGAGAUCACGGGUUCUCUCCAAGCAAAUGUGAAGAAGAGCAUGACGUUCUUGAAAGAAUCCCCUUUUGUUCCGGAGUCGCUGAAAUCCAACAUUCGGGGAUUUGUCUUCCACCUUGACAGCGGGGAGCUCGAGGAAGUCACCUUGUAA